AUGCAUCCUUAUUUUGUUGCGUCUAUAGUAGUUAGCGUUGCAGUUGUUGGCUUUGUAGCUUAUACAGUUUAUAAUGAAAUUUUAAACGAGCCAAUUCCAGUUUAUUCCAUAGCUGGAGGCAACAGAAACAAUUCAAAGGAUUCCUCUAGUGAAAAAGAUUCAGAUUCUGAUUCUGAUUUAUCUGGUAGAAACGCUACAGAAGAAAGGAUAGAAGAACAACUUUUAGAAAAUUUAUCAUAUCUUAAUAUUUUAGAACAAGAAUUACACCGUAAAAGUAAAGAAAUAGAAAAUGAGGAGCGAAUUUUGAAAGAGAGAGAACAAGAACUUGAAAAUAGGAAGCAACGCUUAAAAUCCAUCAGUUCAAAAUCCAGCUCUGAUUCUGAUUUAUCUAAAAACACAAAGAACACUUCUGCUACUAACACUAUUUUAGACAAUGACAGCAAUGAUGAAAUUCCAUUAAAAGAUGUUGAACAACAUUCUUUAUAUAAUGAAAGUAGCCUUUAUCCUGACACAGCUGUACAAUCAAUUCUCUCGCAAGGUUUAUCAAGUAUUAGUAGUCAUCACCUGCAAUCAUCUGUUGAUAGUGCAUCAAAUUCUUCUACCAUAAACGACGAAAUCAUUCGGCAACAGCAACAAAAUCAACAACAUUUAUUACAAAGACAAAUUCUUGAUCUUCCAGACAAUUCUCGUUUUUUAUCACCCAAUCCAUCAGAAGAUGCGUGGUCUGAAAUUGGAUCUAUUAUUUCAGAGGAUGUUGGAAGUGAAAUGUCAUCUGCAGUUGACAUUGAUAUGGAAGAAACACAAAUCCUAAUCUGGGCUCAACCAGUUUUGAUUCCUUUCUUUAUGAUACAUUCAGUGAGAUUAACUUACAUCUUAAUAGAAGAACAACAAAAUAGUCAAUACAAUGGACCUAAAUUUAAAUUACCACUUGUUUUAAAUGUUUAUCAAGGUUUAUUGUCAUGUUCUGCACCGAUUUUUACAUUGGUAGAAGCAAUUGCUACUUCCAUGCUUAUUUUAGAAAUUAGACGUUAUGUCAAAGAAACGCUCGAGGAUGAAGAUUUGAUACAUAAUAAGAUUUAUUUUUUGAUAAUAUCGAUAAUUACCAACAUAAUAUCAAUUUAUUUUCUAUAUUAUAUAUAUGAUGGUUCAGGAAUGGAUAUAUUAUCUGCAACUCUUAUUGGUUCUGUUUUGACUUUAGCCAUUACAAUUUCAAUCGUUUGUUUGAUUUUCAAUAAAGGAAGUAUCGUUGAUAUUUCACUUUUGUUUGCUUAUACUAUUUAUUGUAUAUACAUGCUAUCACUUAACUGGAAGGAUGAUGGUACAAAAUUAAAAGGAGGAUAUCGAACAGAUUCAACAAUGCCAAUAUUCGAGGAUCUAAAACCACUUCCGCUUUUAAUAUACCUUGAUUUUGAUUUGAUGGACUUUAUUAAUCUAUUUUACAAUUUAAAUUUUCACAUAUUAUUGAAAAAAUUUUCAGAACUUAUUUUUAAUUUUAAAUAUGUUUCAGUAAUUGAAAAGGCAUUUUCAUUAAACAUGUUUGUAUCAUUAAUUUAUCGAACUGUGAUAAUUUCAAAGUUAUUAUAUUCUGUUCAAAUGCAAGAAAAAAAUGAUGAAUUUGAUAUCGAAGAAGAACAUUUGGGGAAAAGGCUUUAUGAGAUAAUAACGUCAUUAUCUACAUCAAUAAUUAUUGCAGUGUAUACACAUCUUUUACUUUGUCAUUAUGGUUAUUUGGAAUGUGAUGAUUAUUUUUGGAGAUGGAUAGACAUUAUCUUAUGUUGGGCUUUUUACAUAUAUGUUGUUAGAGAAGAGGAGAAUUAUUAUUGA